CGGCUGCUCUCGGUUAUUUUCGCUGUUGCUGGCUUUUUCUGGAGCUGUUCGCUUGCAGCCCGAGACGCUGCUUUUUUUCCGGGUUCGGAGCUGUUCCGGAUGCUUUAGGUUGCCGGAUGUCUGAUCUCCGGAUAACUGAGGCGUUUCUGCACAUGGAUUAUCUGUGUUUUAGAGCGCUUUGCUGCAAGGGACCACCACCUGCGCGACCAGAGUAUGAUCUGGUAUGCAUAGGGCUCACAGGUUCUGGCAAGACCAGCCUGCUCUCAAAGCUGUGCAGUGAAAGCUCUGAGAAUGUCGUGUCAACCACAGGUUUUAGUAUAAAGGCAGUGCCAUUCCAGAAUGCCAUCUUGAAUGUAAAAGAACUUGGAGGAGCUGAUAAUAUCCGGAAAUACUGGAGUCGCUACUACCAAGGAUCUCAAGGAGUAAUAUUUGUAUUAGACAGUGCUUCUUCAGAGGACGAUUUAGAAACUGCUAGAAAUGAACUGCACUCAGCUCUUCAGCACCCACAGUUAUGCACUUUACCCUUUUUAAUAUUGGCCAAUCAUCAAGACAAACCAGCAGCCCGCUCGGUGCAAGAGAUCAAAAAAUAUUUUGAACUUGAACCACUUGCACGAGGAAAACGCUGGAUUCUGCAGCCCUGCUCGCUGGAUGACAUGGAUGUGCUGAAAGACAGCUUCUCUCAGCUGAUAAGUUUGUUAGAAGAAAAAGACCAUGAAGCUAUGAGAAUGUGAAUCUAGCAGAAAAAAAGCGAGUUCCUAAAAGGCCUUGAACCUAUCAUGUUAGUUUCUUGUUUUAAUUUUAUAUUGUUAUUAGGACUAUCAUGACUCCACUAUCUAUUUCCUGCUAGUUAUUUCAGGCUCUCUUCUCUCUGUUAAAGUGAAUAUUCUGUAAGUCAGGUGAAUUAUCAUCAGCAUUAAUGUCAAGUACACUACUGAGAGAGAAUUUAUUCUCUGUUUACCACUAAUUAUCUUCACCGCCUGUCUCUUCCUUCUGUUGUUCUGUGCAUCUCUUUUAUACUUUGUGCAAAAAUGGAUGGAAUUCAUGGCUCACAGAAAUCAAAUCCCUUAUGAUGGACGAACUAAGAAAGACUCAGUACCUUGACGAAUUUUCCCUGGUUUGGGAGUGAAGUAUUGUGUCACUGAGAUGCCACAUAAUAUGUAUGUCGUUUUUCUGUUUUGUUUUGUUUUUUUUUUUUUACUCUUAUUUGCCUUUUUAUAUACUCACCCUAUAGAGUAUGAGUGAAAAGUGAGUACCAAAAAUUUUCCUUUAUCAUUGUAUCAUAAAGGAAUAUCCUGCCAUAGUAAAUUUAGCCUUGAAGAACUUAAAGACCAGAUGCACAAUGUUUCCUUGAUUAUAUCUGAGGUCUCACUUUAUUCCCUCUUUUAAGAGCAAAGACACUGUUUUAGAUUUUGAGGAGUUGAAGGCAGUUUCGGCACAAUGCAUGCAUUAUUAAUUACAUUUAAUUGUGUCCUCAAAUAUUUUUAGUGGAAUAAUUAGUCUUCAUUAAAUCAAGCUGCAACAUAAUAUACAUGCCUUUUUUUUCUAAAAUUCAAGUGUUAGAAAUAGAGAAAAUAAUUUUUUAAAUAAUAGAUUAAAAUUUUAAAAUAGCCAAGCAAAGUAUAGUUUUUACUUAUUUGGGUUUAAGCUGGAAUGGAUUUGACAAAGAUAUCAAAGACAAAAAUCAUCUGUAUAUUUAUUCAUUAAGUGCUAAUGUAGUUUAAUGGAGUCUGUUAAAGCCUCCAACUAGUAAUUAAAGGUCUAUCAGUAUUUCUAUUCUAAACCUCUAUUUUCAGGGGUUUCAAUGUGCCCUUUAAAAUAUGCUGGAGCUGCAGCAGGUAAAUAAUUUGAGGGCCUGAAUUCAGUCUUUGGAACUAAUUUUUUCCAUGUUAUUAAAUGAUAAAACUGCGUGGAGAUAAAUGUAGUUUUAAUAAGGUUUAAUGCCUUUGACCUUUUCUAAAUCAGGAAUAAUCUAUGGAUAUUGAGGUUCAUAGAUGAAAUAUUCUUUGGCACAUUUUCUAGACAUUUGACCACUUAUUAAAAUACUAAGUGGCCAAAUGAUAGAAAACUGCUCCCUACACCUGAGCAGUAAAAAACAUACUUGUAAUUUUUAAGUAGUGUAGACUGAUACCCAAAUACCACAGACUCCUACUGUGUUAAAAGAUGACAUCAAACCUGGUAAUUCUCCCCAGCCAGUAUACUUCAGACUCUUCACAUCAUUCAAAGACAGUUUUGUGAUUUAUAUUUAUAAAUGGAUUUUAAUGACAUCAUCACCUUUGAAACAUCCAACAUUUCUUUAUGCUCCCCUUCCACUGUCAAGGAUCCCAAAAGAUCCACAGUAUAUACAAUUUUGUCUGCAAUUUCCUUGAAUAUUUCUAACACCAUGCAAUCCGUGAGUAGCACAGAACUUCUAUUCCAAUGAUCAGUUGCACAAUUCCUGUUUUUAUUUUGUCCUAUUGUGCUCAUCUUCUAUGAAACAAUAAGUGAUUAUUAGGCCUUGCUUUCCCUGCAAGUUCAUUAAAUGUAAAAUGUUGUCUUUUUAAAGAUACUGUGGCUCAGUGUGCCCAAGCCAUCUGUUAAAUGACUUCCCGUUGUCUGUGUGUGUUCAUGUGUGCGCCAGUGAUGGGCUUCUCCUCAGACCCAAGACUGUCUGCAGUGUCUCAGCCGUCAGAAUGAAAACAUUAUCAAUCAGUACCCAACAACAGCUGUUUUUGACAAGUUUCUGUCUGACGCCUAAUGCUUUACAACUGUCAAUAAGGCUCCUUCUUUGUCUAGCAGGUCGGAGCUCGCUGUCUUGCUGCUUUCAGAGCAGCAUCCUGUCCUUGUAACCCUAGAAUUUGCCACGUUUUGGAAAUCCAUGUGGGGGAGGGGUGGGGCCUUGUUGGGGGGUGGAAGCCAGGAGGGGGGUGUGUGUCCUAUUCCUACUUUCCAGUAAAGUGCCACAGGUGUCUUAGUUUGCAUAUUCAAAUAUUAUAUAGGGAAAACAGUCUGUUGUGUAUUUCUUCAAUUAGCUUCUUGUUAUAUUUAUGGAAGUUACCAGUUUUUGUACCUUCUUAGCUACAGCAGUUGCCUUUUUAAAAUGGCAAUUAAUUUAUAUAAAACUUUGUACCUACUGUAGUUUACAGUAUCAGUUGCUAUUAACUGCCAUAUUGCCCUGUCUUUCUAUUAAAAAUACUGUAUCUAUAUUAAGGAUUAACAAAUUCAUGUGGGCAUUUGCCAAACAAGAAGAACUUGUUAUUGUCCUUGAUUUAUAUAUGAUUCCCGGUAUCAUCAAAUGAAAAUAAAUGCUGAGUAGAACUGAUGUUUUCAGACUGACUCCUUUGGCCAUUAACAUUUGGGAGUCCCAGGCUUCUGUUUACA